AAGUGGGCGCUCAUGCCACGUUCAUGUGCUAGUCCGAACUAGAAAAACUAUAUUUCUGACUUGCACGUCACGUGUAUAACUACAACCAGUAAGCAAGUAAAACAUUCCGACUGGUACUUAAACGCGGCAUGAGGAUUAUAUAGAAGUUUCCAACUAGUAAUUACCAGUUGGAGGGCCGUUCUAUUGGAUCUUUCCCAGUGUUAUGUGGUUACACGAACGCAGCAUGAGUCUAAUUUCUAAUCAAGGUCAUUGAACACAGCUGUUGCUGUGAACGCACUACAUGGCAGCUGUAAAUGUCAUUGAAUCUCAGUGAAGUUGAACCCCAGCGCUCUCUGUUCUUUUGCGGGUUAUUGUUCCUUGUGGUUGCUAGAAUAACGCAUAUCUGUUAUAGGCGGCCCUAACCUGAAAAGCAAGGCCAGAAGAGACCAUUAUUACUGCAAAACCUGUUGUCUCAAUGCCUUACAACUUGAGGUCCAAAUUGCCUGUGAAAGAGACCAAUCCUACCAAUCAGGAGACAUGUGCAGUUCCAAAUGUAAAGGUCCAGACCAAGUCAGAGGAGAAUGUUUCCUUACCAGGAAAACCUGCCACCUCAUAUGGCCUGAGGUCCAGGGUGCCUUUGGGAAAUGUAGCAAGCAAACUGAACAACAACGCCAAAGGGAUUAAAACAAAUACGUCUGUUCCCGUCAAACCAGCUCAAUGUAAGCAGAGUGCCACUGAAAGAGUCCAUGUUAUUUCAAAGGAGAACACUGGGGCUGGCAACUGUGAUCUGGUCAGACAGGCCAAGCCCAUUCCAGCUGCCCCUGAGCAGCCUCCGAGCCAAGAGGCUACUCGGGAUGAGGGGCUCAAUGUGCCACGGGCCUUCUCACAUGCCCUGCUCAACAUCCCAGAUGUGGACUCCGCAGACACGGGCGACUCCUUGCUGUGCAGUGACUAUGUGAAGGACAUUUACGCUCAUCUAAGGAACCUGGAGGUUGCCAUGGCUAUAAAACCAUGUCAUCUGGAGGGUUGUGAUGUGACUGGGAGCAUGCGGAGUAUUCUAGUUGACUGGCUGGUACAGGUCCAGAAGCAGUUCAGACUGCACCAGGAGACCCUCUACAUGACUGUUGGGAUCAUCGACCGCUUUCUCCAGGACUAUCCAGUGCCAAAGAAGUCUCUGCAACUGGUUGGUGUCACUGCGAUGCUCAUCGCUUCCAAGUACGAGGAAAUCGCUCCUCCCGUGGUGAAGGACUUUGCCCAUAUAACAGACUUCACCUACUCUUGUGCUGAGAUACGCUUGAUGGAAGUUACCAUUCUGAAAGCCUUGAACUAUGAACUGGGACGACCACCACCGGUUCACUUUCUAAGGAGAGCUUCCAAGGUUGGGAAGCUUCAGCCUGUUGGUUAUGGGCUGGCUAAAUACCUGCUGGAGCUGACCCUUCUGGACUAUGCCUCAGUUCACCAUCCACCAUCCCUGACCGCUGCAGCAGCUCUUGCUUUAUCAUCCAGGAUCCUUCAUGAUUCUGCUGAUUAUGAAUGGACCCCAGCCCUACAGCACUACACAGGCUACACAGAGGUCUCUCUGCUCCCUGUGAUGCAAUGCAUUGCCAAGAUGCUGGAGCGCUUGAGUGAUGGCAGCAUGAAGCAGUUGUCAAUCAAGCAGAAGUAUGACAAUGUCAAGCUACUCAGGGUCAGCUGUCUCCCAGAGCUGACAUCUACCAGGGCUUACGCCUACAUUAACAAACUGUCCAACUCUCACUGUUGACACGACUGAUUUACCCCAUGUUUUUACCACUUUAUAAACCAUUUUUUAAUAAAUCUUUAGUUUUCAA